UAUCAGAGUUCAAUUCUACCCAGAUUUUAAUUCCACCUAAUCUCCACUAUAAAGACUAUUGGUUAAGCACCAGUUUUCAGAAUUGGUCUGUUGAAUCGUUUGACAUUUUCUGGAUUCAACAAAAUCCAAAUUUAUAUCAAAAUCGGGAUCGAGCUCAUACUUCAUUAGCGAUCGAGUUGUUGAUCCUCUCAAAGUCAUCUGAUCAAAGGGUAAUAGAGAAAUCGCAGUCGUUAAAGAAACGUUUGAAGAAUAAAUCAUCAGAAUUAUAUGAUAUUAUCUGGAGCAGGGGUAAAGAAAUUGCGGAGUCCAAAGUUCGUUUAUCACUUAGUGAACUACUAGCUAAGACAAAUAUAAAAACAUCGCUUGUCAACGAAAUCAGUAGUUCUGAAAACCAAUGGUCUUCUGAAGCAAUAGUAGUAGUGCAAGAAGAAAGAACCCAGAAAGAUGGACUCGUCUUUCAAGAUACGGAAUCAAAGGACGACGAUGUCAAUGAAAAAGUAAAUGAAGAUGUAAUUAUUGCUGAUGAAGCAGAUAAGAGUAAAUUAUAUGAAAGAGUGACAAACGAUAUGAUAAAACAAUUUAUAAUGUCAAAAAGCUUGGAAGACAUUUGGAGUAUAGCAAUAGAACGUUUGAAAAAUAACAAAAUUAGAGUGCAAUCAAUUGAAUCUCGCAUUAUAGGCCUUACCAAUUGGACAAAAUUGGAAUGGUCCAGGAUAUUAAAGCAUGAAGACAAAGUCGCAUUAAUGAAAUCGUUUAAUAAGAAAUUGGAUAAGGAAAAAAUAGAUAAAAAAGUUUUGGAUUUCAUUGAUAACCCAUCAAACAAUUUGAGAAAUUUGAAUGAUUUACAAGAGUGGAAAACUCAACUCUCAACUAUCGGUUCUGAAGAUGCUAUAUUAGCAUCUGAAAUAAUUUCCUUCUUCCAUAAAUGUUGUCGUCGUGAGAUCAACAUCUUAACAAUUCCACUCAGGGAACGUGAUUAUAUAUUAACGAUCUUAGGCCCAUUAUUUGGAGAUUUACUGCAAGAAUUUAAUAUCGGACAUUUCGAAUUAUUUUGGAUUGAAAAAAUAUGUAAUGCAAUCAAUUCCCGAAAACGAAAAAGGCUUAAUGCUGAAUAUACAAAAUUAAACACGGAUACUACUAAGUUAGACAUGUCUUUGGAGUUUCGAAACUUUAAUGUAGAAAUUAUGACAGUAGAAGUUGGAAACACCGAUAUUAAGAAUGAUGAAUUUAAGAUACAAUUUGAUCUUACUGCUUUAAAGAUUGAAUUAAAGGACAUGAUGGACGAUUUUUAUAAUAAGCUUCACUUCAAUAAAAAGGAUUUAGCAGAAAUCUUUACUAUUGGAAUUCAAGUCAUCAUUGCUGUGGAUGUACCAAAAACUCCUUCAGCAAUGGGAGACCUUUUGCCAACGUUUAUUAAGACUUUGCUUGGACUUCGACAUACAUUGUUAUCACUUCAUGAUAAAAUUUCACGAAUUACAAGAGCACAUAGAGAGCGUAAAUCAACGCCCUCUUCGCCUUCUUCACGACCACAUGAAACCUCCCAAACUCCUGAAAUUAAACGGGUGAAAAAUUCAGGAUCUAUAGAUAUUUCAUAUCCAUCUACAACAUAUAUAUCGUAA